UGCUUUGUUGCUGGCACGUCUCAACUUUUUCACUUGGUUUCCCUCCAUCUGUUCCCUAACUUUUACCCCUCUGAACACCUUUUGGAUUUAUUUGCCUGUUCUGACUGAUGUCCCACUGAUGAACGAAUCGUAUCUUCAUCUCUUGUCUAAGUGGUGAUGAUUCAGUCUAAGACCAAAUGUGAGUCCUCUUUCAAGUCAACAGGGGGCAGUGACACUGGAGGAGAGGAUGCCUUGGUGGGAAAUGUGAACAAACUGAUGGUGAGCCCACCAGGUUAUUCAGGAGCUCCGCGAAAAGGACAUCUGGUUUUUGAUGCGUGCUUUGAGAGUGGGAACCUUGGCCGUGUUGACUACAUCAGUGAGUUUGAGUUUGACCUCUUCAUCCGGCCUGACACCUGCAACCCCCGCUUCAGAGUCUGGUUUAACUUCACAGUGGAGAACGUCCGUGAGACACAGAGAGUAAUUUUCAAUGUGGUCAACUUCUCCAAGACCAAGAGCCUGUACAGAGAUGGCAUGUCUCCCGUAGUCAAGUCUACCAGCAGGCCAAAAUGGCAGAGGCUUCCCGCCAAAAACGUGUACUACUACCGUUGUCCUGACCACCGGCGCAACUAUGUCAUGUCCUUUGCCUUCUGUUUUGACCAAGAGGACGAUGUAUACCAGUUUGCCUACUGCUACCCCUACACCUACUCCAGACUGCAGCACUACCUGGCAAGCCUGGAGCGCAGGAACCUGCCCUACCUGCAGAGAGAGCAACUGGGACUAAGUGUGCAACAACGGCGUCUAGACCUGUUAACCAUUACCAACUCUGACCAUCUGAAUCCAGAGAGGGAGAAGAAGCUGGUCUUUCUUUCAGCUCGUGUUCACCCUGGAGAGUCUCCUGCCUCCUUUAUUUGUCAAGGUGUGAUCGACUUCCUGGUGAGCCAGCAUCCCGUGGCUCAGAUCCUAAGAGAUCAUGUGAUCUUCAAGAUCGUCCCCAUGCUAAAUCCUGAUGGAGUCUACCUGGGCAACUACAGGUGUUCUCUGAUGGGUUUCGACCUGAAUCGCCACUGGCAGGAUCCCUCUCCAUGGGCCCACCCCACGUUGCACGCUGUCAAACAACUCAUAGUUCAGAUGAACCAAGACCCGAGAGUUAGUUUGGAGUUCUACAUUGAUGUCCAUGCCCACUCCACCAUGCUGAAUGGCUUCAUGUACGGCAAUGUGUUCGAGGACGAGGAGCGCGUCCAGAGACAAGCUGUCUUCCCUAGACUGUUGUGCCAAAAUGCACCCGACUUCUCCUUUUCUAACACGUCCUUUAACCGGGACGUGGUGAAGGCCGGUACCGGUAGACGGUUCCUCGGUGGUUUGCUUGAUGACACAUCCUACUGCUACACUCUAGAGGUGUCCUUCUACAGCUACAUGACGGCUGGCAGCACCGCUCCUGUGCCAUACACUGAGGAGACAUACACGAAGCUGGGCAGGAAUGUGGCUCGGACCUUCCUUGAUUAUUACAAACUCAACAACCUUAUCAAGGACAACAGACCUAUUCACAUUCAAAGUUCUGAGGUGAUGUCCCAGACGAGCGACGUUAACAGAAAGGGCAAUGGUUUUGGCAGAGACGCAGCAGACAGAGAGAAGGAGAAGAGCAUGGGUAUCAGGCAUUAGACAAACAGACAUACGGACAGACAGACACAGACUGAGAAUGAAUAAAACACAGAGCACCGUUGCAGGAGGAUCCUUCACACUUCAUUGCCUUUAAAAGCUCUACAUCUCCCUGGCUAUAAAGACUUAUUUUCACAGAUUUGUAACAGUGGGAUGACAUGAUACUUGCAGGACUAAAAUCAAAACAAGCUUUCUCUUGGGUUAUUUAGUGACUUUAAAAUGUAAAAGACUAUUGAAUGCUAAGGGAAGACAGACGGGUUCUACCCAUCUAGUCCACCUGAGGCCUUCAAUCAGCAGCUCCUAUUUGUUGUUUCUACAAUUGUAAAUAAAUGCAUGCUUCCUUGCUGUUACUGACUUAUUUUAUGACUAUGGUGUUAUUAUCUCUGUUGGUAUUAGAAUUAGUCAUUAAACACUUAAUCACAUUACAAUGCUGUACCUGUUGCUCUCUUAUAUGAAUACUGAUUAAUUAUUGUUUGAUUUAUAAAAAUGAGACCUACAGUAGGCUAUAUAAAGAACCUUCUGAUUU